AUUUGUCAAGAAUCCGCAAAAUGCCUCGCAUAUCAACUGAUUCCCGCUCUCGGCAGAAAUCAUGCGUCACAUGCGCCCACGGCAAACGACGAUGUAAUCGCCAAACUCCACAGUGUUCCCGAUGUUUGGCGCGUGGGCUGGAAUGCACCUACGUCAAUAGCUACUCCAGAUCCACUCGGCAACACCAACAACAAACCACGGCACAGUCUCCAUACUUCCCACCGAUAGAGUCAUUGUCGCUGUCCAUAGACGACAUCCUGUCUGCGUUUCCGCCCGAGGAAACUACUCUCUUCAAUGAUGCGGACCUUCUCGCCUCAUGGCUGACCCUUAGCCCUACUCUCUUCGCGGUCCCCACAUUGCUUCCCGCUGGCUACUUCCCCGAGGUCGCUGUGAUCGACAGAUGGUCUACAAAGCAGCUCCUUCGAGGCCUGAAAAGCUACCCGGAAAUGUUUGCUCGGUCUCGCAAAACUCCCUUCAUCCAUGAUCGCCUCUAUGACGUAUGUCUUCCAGACGCAAUGCAGGAUGCUUUCAUGGUUUCAGCUUCGUAUUACAGCAGAACACCAGAGACAGAAGACACGGUUCUCCAGAUUCUCGAAGCCAGAACGCAAAGUCUAGUCCGACGAAGCCACCAAGCCACAUUAGAAGAACUUCUCGCCACGGUCCAAGCCUUGAUGCUCCUCCACAUCAUCCAGCUUUUCGACGGCGACGUCCGACAACGCGCCAUGGCGGAGCAGAAUAUGGAUACCUUGCGCGCAUGGACCAUGGAGCUUCAAGUUCGCGUCGGUGAGCUCGGAAAUCCGUCAACAUGGCGGGAAUGGAUUUUCGCAGAGAGCGUUCGACGAACGGUCAUCGUUUCCGUGCUGAUCGAGGGGCUCUAUUCGAUGCUGAAGAUGGGAAGUUGUACAAUUGUGAGGCAGUUGAGCGUUCUGCCCUUCACGUUCGGUUCUUUGUUCUGGAGUAUCAACACAGAUGCGUCGUGGAAUGCGGAGUCGCAUCGUUUGGGCUCGGAUACCGUGCUUUACGGGGAUUUUUCGAGGGCUUUCGAGACGGGGCAGGUGUCCGGAAAGUUGGAUGCAUUCGAUAAAUUCCUCCUUGCGCCUUGUAUCGGUGAGCGAGGUAGAGAAAUACUUAAGCUAGAAGAUUAAUGUAAACUUACAAUGAGAAGGUUAUAACGAGUGUCGGAUUCUGUGAAAGACUUGAAAUGAUGCACUUCUCGCCAAUGCCAUGUGACCACCGCAGUGAACGAAAUAUGACCAGUUGAUAAGACAGGCUAUGGUGAGUAGCGAUCGGCCCAGAAGAUUUACUAAUUCGUUCGUCAUUGGAACAAUGUUGCAUAACAUCAACUGCCAGGCAGAUGGCGGCGGGCGUGGUGG